AUGGCUGACGGGGGUGGUGAAGUACCACCAGAAACUGCUCCUGAAGCUGCAAAUGCUGAAGCCGGUGCUGCUGACACAGCUGGAGGUGGUGACGAUAAGGAUGAAGAUGUUGAGAAAACUGCUGUGAAAAUAGAAGAGAUAGCAAGAAGAGCAUCAAGAAAGCAAUCAGUAUAUCAACCGACUGGAAGUGCCGAGGAAAUAUUAGAUAUUGAUAGAACCGCCUUAGAAGCUAUUCUAGAUGUCAGCGCACGCUUAAAAGACAUUCAGAAGAAAAGCAAGAUAUCUAUGAGUACUUUAGCCUUAGCGCAUGAGUCUUACAAAGAUAAACAAGCAAAGGCCAAAGAGGCUCGUAAUAAUAGAGUGGGCGGUUUGAAGACUCAACAUAGGUUUUUGUUGGAAAAUGCUGCAUCUAUUUUAAAUAAGUCUAUUGAAUAUGUUUUGGAGGGAGUUUAUGAUGCAGACAUUCAUAUUGACCUCUUAGAUAGUGCAGUAGUCGAUGGUGGGAGAAACUGUAUUGUGCUCUGUGAUGCAUGGCUUCCUCCUUUAAAAAUGGAAUCUGGACGUUUUAUACCAAAUCAAAAGGGUAGAAUGGAAAGGACAUAUAUAUCUGAUGGGUCAACUAUAGGCACAGAGGGGAUGUGUGUCGGAAUGUAUAGAAUCAAGAAUAAGGCUAUUGAUACUAAGAAUGUUGCAGAUGACUAUUAUCUGGUAUUCUUUGACAUGAAUCAAGAAACCGAGAAUGUUGUGUCAGGCAUCUAUAGGACCAUGAAACGCGUUUAUGUCCCAGCACUUAAUAUGUGUAAGGCGUGGGGCGAUAUAAACCCACCUAAUCCCAGAAGCGCUGAAAUUAUUAACACUUAUAUCUCUAAAAUAAUGCUCUUCAGUGAUUAUCUUGAAAAGACUAAAAUUGAUCUUGAUUGUUGUACCAAGUUCAAAAUAAACUUCUCUUUGUACGAGGAAGAGUUAGCUGAUGCAGAAAAAAUGAAAUUGGCCAUAACUAAAACUCAUGUAUUGGAAGAAAUAUGUUCGUACGUGAAGCAGUGGAAUAAGCAAAUAACAAUGGUCCUAGUACAAAGCCAGCAAUUGCGCCGAGAACCUUCUAAUAUAGGGCCGCUGGCAGAGUUGGACCACUGGCGACGUCAACUCACCACAUUCACCUCGAUUAUUGAACACAUCAAGAGCGAACCCUGUCAAAUGUAUAUCCACACCCUAAUCAGGGCUAAAUCAAAAUUAAUUAAGAAAUGGCGGCUCUUAGAUAACCAAGUGACAGAUUUUUACAAUGAAGCAUACGAUAAUGUGAAGUAUUUGUAUGCUUUGGAGAAAUACUGCGAACCAUUGUAUCGUUGUGAUCCACUCACAAUGCAACAAUUUAUACCUGGACUAUUAUACACAGUUCGUAUGAUUUUCGCAACGUCCAGAUAUUACAAUACGACCAAACAGAUUUCGACACUUCUCGUUAAAGUCACAAACCAAAUACUAAACAUGUGUAUGGAUUAUUUGACUAACAAUGGUAGAAAGACUAUUUGGAAUCAGGAUAAGCUCAAUUUUAUUAAGAAGGCAAAACUGUGUUUAGGUUUAUAUAGCUUUUACCGAGAAUGUUAUAACGAGACUCAGCAAGAGAUGAUGGAGGCCGCUGACGAGAGACCCUUCGACUGCUCUGAGAUGUAUAUUUUUGGCAAAUUCGAAACAUUUCGUAGGCGACUAUUGAAGAUAAUAGACCUCUUCCAAACAUACAUAAUUUACUAUGUUUUGAAUAAAACAACCCUAGAGGGUAUUGAAGAAUAUGCUGCUAAUUUUAACAAAUUCUUCAAGACAAUCUCAUCGAAGACAUAUGAUGGACUGGACCAUAGGCGUCCCGAUUUCGAUAAGGACUAUAAAAUUUAUAAAGAUGCCGUAGCAACGCAAGAAAUACUGUUGGAAAACUUUAUGAUUUCUAGCGUAAACAAAUGUCCGACAACGGAAAUAGCAUUAAAUCUUCUUAAAAGGUUCCAAAAGCUUAAACUAGAUUGCCUUUAUUUGGAAGAUCAAUAUUAUGACUUGAUAAGCAAUUAUACUGGAGAAAUAGAAGCUUUACGUGACCGGUACAAUGAGGAACGAGAAAAUCCGGAGUUACCAAGAAACAUGCCGCCUGUAGCUGGUAGAGUCAUGUGGAUUAGGUUCUACCAUAAGAACAUAAAAGCUCCUAUGAGGGAAUUUAUGCAGCACCACGAAGUUAUAACACAUAUGAAUACACAACGCUGUAUAAAGCUGUACAAUGUAAUGACUAUUGUUUUCACGGAAUUUGAACUUAUAUACCACAGUGCUUGGGCCGAAAAUGUUGGACAGGUUCGUCUUGGUCUAAUUGCACCAUUGUUAAUUCGUCACCCUGUAACCAAUCGGUACAUUGUCAACUUCAGCGUGUACAUACCGGAGUGUAUAAGGGAAGUCGAGUAUAUGUGGCAGUUAGGUUUAAGUGUACCAGAUGCUGCCCAGAUUGUAGCUUAUUGCAAAGAAAAGAUAUUUAGCAACUACGAAAGAAUAAUGUAUUUGGUUGAAAGGAAUGAUCAAAUACGAAGGAGCAUGCCAAAACUAUAUCUACCGUUGCUUCGGGCACAGCUGGUCAAAUUGGAGAAAGCUUUUCAAGCUGGAUUUUCGACUAUAACAUGGACCGCACUCGAAAUACCCGCUUAUUGUGAUAAUAUUGAAUCUGUUUUGGAUGAGGUCGAUCUUUUUGUGAAGGAGGUUGUAGAUAUGAAGGAGGCUCGAAUAGACGCCAUCUUGCAAUCGAUAACGAAAUCCCUUCUAGUCCAUUUACCGGAACAGGCAGUGGAUCCUAAUAUAUUUUACGAAGAAAACCUGGUUAGACGCGAUGAAAUUGCUACGGACCUUCAGCAAAAAUCCUGGAACGCUGAGUUAGCAGUAAUCGAACUUAUCAAUAAGUUUCUCGACAGUGUACCGUCAAAGCAAAUACAAGACUUAAAGAAUAACUGGUUGGAUAUAGAUAAGGCGUUGAAGCAGGUAACUUCGGCGACUCGCGUUUUCCCAGAAGACGCAGCGUUUAUGGAAAUCGAAAAUCCGGAUCGUUUCGAGCCCACGAACGCCAUCAACGAAUGCAACGAAUUAUUCGCGUACUUUGCUACGAAAUGUCUGGAAGCUCUCAUAAAGUGUACACGUACGAGUUUGGAUGUGUUGAGGAAAAGAGCUUCUGUAUCUAGUUUCCUUACCAUGACCACGGAUCCCGAAGAGCAGAAAAAGCUGAAGCCCCUAAUGCUAACAAUGAUGUUCCUUCAAAUACCGAGAAUUUUGAUCAAACCGACGUUAGAAGAAAUUCAAUCGGCCUUUUCGCAGGUUGUCUUAAACUGUAUAAUGGAUAUACAUCGCAACGUGUUUAUGUGGGGCCAACAAGAGUUGAUCAAAAAGGAGAAAAUGGGCAUGUCCAGUCUGUCUACAACGAGGAGUUAUAGCGCCGGGUCUAGGUCGGGUUCCAGUAUGACGGGUAUAAGGAACUACUUCCGAAUGGUGUCAGAACACAAAGAUAUAGUACGGGCUGUAAUGGCAUUGCAAGGAAUGAUGUACAUGUUCAAGCCCGAUAUCCAGAAAUUGCUUGUCAUAUACGGUAAAUUCUCUCACCUGUGGGCUGAAGACCGAGUACAGCAAGUGCAGGCCUUCGUCGACUCAAAUCCACUUAACGUCAUCAUUCGAGAUAUGUUGAAGAAGUACGAAGGACAAACUGAGGAAGUGCUCAAUCUGCCAGAAAGGCAUAUUGUGGGGUCGAUUCAAAUUAAUAUGGACAAUUUGAAGUUGGCAUUACACGUAGAAUCAAUCGAAUGGAAAAGGAUUCUCGGUAAGCUAUUGAGCCACGCGUACAAAGAGCGCGUGGAUAGACUUAUGACGUUUAUAAAGGACAAAAUGAAAGUUAUGAGCAAGAAGAUUAAAGAUUUGGACGACGUCAGAGUCGCGAUGCUGUGCCUGGAAUCAAUACGGGAGGAGUUUAUUGGAAUGGACAUGGAAUUGGAUCUAAUCGAAGAGAGCUAUACAUUAUUUGGACAGUUUAACAUCGAUAUUCCCAAGGACGACAUUGACAUGGUGUACGGACUGAGAUAUGCUUUCCAGAACAUGUUGCUCACGUCGCAACAAGUCCAGCAACGCAUCGUAGACAUGCAAGGUCCGCUGCAAAAAGAAUUGACUGAAGGUGUCGCCUCAUUUAACGAGGACGUACUUAAAUUUGAUGCUGAUUACGACGCCUUCGGACCUAUGACGCCAGGGCUGUCGGCUCGAGAAGCUAGUGACAGAGUUAUCAUGUUCCAGUCGAGAUUCGACGAGCUCUGGAGGCGAUUCGAAAUGUAUUCCAAUGGUGAGAAGCUUUUUGGUAUGGAAGUCAAGGACUACCCUAUACUCCAUCAAAAGAAGAAGGAGUUCAACCUGCUAAGCAAAUUAUACAGUUUGUAUCUAUCUGUGAUGAAUUCAAUAGACGGAUACUUUGAAACACCCUGGGUCGAGAUCGAUAUCGAACAAAUUGUGUCCCAAUUAGCAGACUUCGAUAUAAGAUGCCGUAAGCUACCAAAGGGUAUGAAAGAUUGGCCAGCGUUCAUAGAAUUGAAGACUAAGAUUGAUGACUUCAAUGAGACGUGUCCUUUGCUAGAGCUUAUGGCGGACAAGUCCAUGAAAGACCGGCACUGGAGGAGACUGGAAAAAUUGAUGAAUUGCAUAUUGGACGUAGAAUCCGAAACGUUUACUCUAGCUAAUGUCAUGGAAGCACCCCUCUUGAAAAAUAAAGAAGAUGUCGAAGAUAUUUGUAUCAGUGCGGUGAAAGAAAAAGAUAUCGAAGCGAAAUUGAAACAAGUGAUCGCCGAUUGGGCGGUUGUGGAUCUAACGUUCGCUCCAUUUAAGAAUAGGGGAGAAUUGCUUAUUAAGCCACAAGAGACACUGGAUAUUAUUACGAUGCUGGAAGAUUCUUUGAUGAUCUUGAACUCACUGGCGUCUAAUAGAUACAACGCACCGUUUAAAAAAGACAUCUUGCUCUGGAUUAACAAAUUGGUUGGUACGACGGAGAUUUUGGAGAAGUGGCUCGCAGUGCAGAACUUGUGGAUGUACCUGGAGGCUGUCUUCGUGGGUGGUGACAUCGCUAAGCAGCUUCCCGCUGAGGCUAAGAGAUUUGCUACCAUUGAUAAGACGUACGUGAAGAUUAUGUACCGCGCUCGCGACAUAGUCAAUUGCGUGGAGACGUGCGUGUCUGACGAUACACUGAAACAGCUGCUUCCGCAUCUCUUCGAACAGCUGGAAGCUUGCCAGAAAUCGCUGACUGGAUAUCUGGAAAUGAAGCGGUUGAUCUUCCCAAGAUUCUUCUUCGUUUCGGAUCCUGUAUUGCUGGAGAUCCUCGGUCAAGCUUCAGAUCCUCAUUCCAUUCAGCCACAUCUACUAAGUAUUUUCGACGCAAUGUACAUGGUAGACUUUGACGAUAAAGACAGAAUCGUGGGAAUGAAUUCUGAUAACGGCGAGAAUAUUCCGUUGGAUCGUCCAGUGACGUGUAUUGGUGGCGUUGAGAUCUGGCUGAACACUUUACUAGAUACAAUGAAGGAUACAGUGCGCAAUUUCAUAGCAAAUAUUGCGCAGACUAUGGCAGGUGAUCCAGAGUUUGAAUUCUUAUCCGGGUUCUGGCACUUUCCUGGACAGGCUGGUCUGCUAGGCAUGCAAAUAUUAUGGACAAGCGACGCGGAGUAUGCCUUGAAGAAAGCUAGGGUAGACCGAUUUAUAAUGCGACUGACGAAUCAGAAGAAUUUGGAUUUAUUGAACGGUCUCAUUGAUCAAACUGUGACAGAUCUUGUGCCUUUGGACAGAACGAGGGUUGAGACGAUGAUCACUAUUCACGUGCAUCAACGGGAUAUAUUCGACGAUUUAGUGAGAAUGAGAAUCAAGACUCCAACCGACUUCGAAUGGCAGAAACAAGCCAGGUUCUAUUACUUCGAGGACAGCGAUGACUGUAUCGUGUCGAUUACCGACGUUGACUUCUUAUAUCAGAACGAAUACCUUGGUAUCACAGAACGUCUCGUAAUCACGCCUCUAACGGACAGAUGUUAUAUAACGCUAUCACAAGCGAUCGGUAUGAGCAUGGGCGGCGCGCCCGCCGGUCCAGCUGGCACUGGCAAGACUGAAACCACCAAGGAUAUGGCAAGAACUCUAGGGAAACUGGUCAUUGUCUUUAAUUGUUCUGAUCAGAUGGACUUUAGAGGUUUGGGCCGUAUUUACAAAGGACUGGCCCAAUCUGGUACAUGGGGCUGCUUUGAUGAGUUCAAUAGAAUUGAACUUCCCGUGUUAUCUGUGGCUGCUCAGCAGAUUUAUAUUUGCCUCACCGCGCGAAGGGAAAAGAAAGAGUUCUUUAUCUUUAGCGAUGGCGAUGUAGUGAGUUUGAAUCCAGAGUUUGCAUUCAUUAUUACAAUGAAUCCUGGAUAUGCCGGAAGACAAGAAUUGCCAGAAAAUUUAAAGAUCCAAUUCCGUUCCGUCGCAAUGAUGGUGCCGGACAGGCAGAUCAUUAUCAGAGUGAAGUUGGCCAGUUGCGGCUUCAAAGAAAAUAUCCUAUUGGCACGUAAAUUCUUCACCCUGUACAAGCUUUGCGAAGAACAACUUUCCAAGCAGGUGCACUACGAUUUUGGGCUUCGCAAUAUUCUGUCAGUUUUGAGAACUAUGGGUUCGCAAAAACGAGCGAAUCCAGACAGCACUGAAGAGAAUAUCAUGAUGAGAGUAUUGAAGGAAAUGAAUGUAUCAAAGCUGGUAGAUGAAGAUGAACCAUUAUUCGUGUCCUUGAUAGAAGAUCUUUUCCCCGGUAUUAAGCUCACUCAGACUGUUCAGAGAGAGAUGCAACGCGCAAUUGCAUUAGUGACAGACAGAACAGGCCUAGUCAACCACCCAGAUUGGAAUUUGAAGAUUAUCCAGUUGUAUGAGACGUCCCUUGUACGCCACGGCUUGAUGACUAUGGGACCGACUGGUUCGGGGAAGACGACUUGCAUUCACACCCUCAUGUUCGCUUUGACUGAAGUAGGCAAACCGCACAAGGAGAUGAGAAUGAAUCCAAAGGCUAUAACUGCACCGCAAAUGUUCGGUCGUUUGGACGUAGCGACCAACGACUGGACGGACGGAAUUUUCUCUACUCUAUGGCGUCGUGCUUUGAAAGUAAAGAAGUCAGAUACUACGUGGAUUGUAUUAGAUGGUCCGGUAGAUGCGGUGUGGAUUGAGAAUUUGAACUCUGUACUCGAUGAUAAUAAGACAUUGACCCUGGCUAAUGGUGACCGUAUCACCAUGGCUCAGAACAGCAAGCUGGUGUUUGAACCGGAUAAUGUGGAUAAUGCAUCUCCCGCUACCGUCAGCAGAAUGGGGAUGGUGUUCUUGUCUUCUUCUGUUUUGAAGUGGCAACCUAUAUUAGAGGGAUGGUUAAAGAAACGAUCGCCAAAAGAAAGUGACGCGUUCCGUUCAGUAUUUAAUAAAGUCUACAAUGACGUACACAUGUUUGUGCAACAGAAGCUACCGGCGAAGAUGAAAUUACUUGAAGCUAUAUAUAUUAGACAAUGCAUAGAUGUACUUAUUGGCCUACUGCAGAUAGAAGUGCCCGGUGGAAAGCUGCACACCGACCGACAUUUGGAAAGGCUCUUCGUUUUUUCCAUGAUGUGGUCCUUGGGAGCCGUUCUCGAGUUGGACGCUCGUACGCGUAUGGCGGAAUACAUGACCAAGUUGCCCGUGAAAAUUGAUUGGCCCGGUGCCAAGUCUAAAGAGUGGGUGAUGCCUUUUGAGUAUAUGGUGAAUGAAACUGGGGUAUGGCAACACUGGGCAGAGAUUGUGGAAGAUUAUAUUUAUCCAUCAGACAGUGUGCCCGAAUACGCGUCGAUCUUAGUUCCCAAUAUUGACAAUGUUUGCAUAUCGUUCUUAAUUGAAACUAUUGCAAAGCAAAAUAAGGCCGUUCUCCUGAUUGGCGAACAGGGAACAGCGAAAACUGUGAUGCUCAAGAGCUACAUGAUGAAAUAUGAUAACGAAGUUAAACUGUUUAAGAUGAUCAAUUUUUCGUCUGCUACGACACCCAAUAUGUUCCAGAGAAUUAUCGAAUCGUACGUAGAGAAGAGAGUUGGUAUGACGUACGGGCCACCUGGUGGAAGGGGAAUGACAGUCUUCGUUGAUGAUAUCAACAUGCCAGUUGUCAAUGAGUGGGGAGAUCAGGUAACAAAUGAAAUAGUAAGGCAGAUGAUGGAAUGCGGAGGGUUUUAUUCCCUCGAAAAACCCGGAGAUUUUAUUAUCAUUGCUGAUAUUCAAAUGUUUGGCGCUAUGAUUCAUCCUGGUGGCGGUAGAAACGAUAUUCCACCCAGAUUAAAGAGACAAUUUAACAUAUUCAAUUGUACACUGCCGAGUAACGUUUCCAUGGAUAAAAUCUUUGAAACCAUAAGCUCCGGAUACUUCUGCAAGGCGAGAUUUGAUAAGAAAAUCGUCGAUUUUAUGCCCAGGCUUGUGCCAAUAACGCGUUUGAUUUGGCAACAAACAAAGAUAAAAAUGUUGCCAACGCCCGCCAAGUUUCACUAUGUGUUCAACCUUCGUGACUUGUCGCGUAUUUGGGAAGGUGUCCUGUUUAUCAAGAGGGAGGAGUUGACAAACAUUAAAACGGCUCUCAAGUUAUGGUUCCACGAGUGUUUGAGGGUUAUUUCAGAUAGGUUUACAACAUUUGACGACAAAGAUUGGUUUGUCGCCACAUUUUGGAAGACAGCUGCGCAAGAGUUGCCGGAUGUUGUCAGCGAGUUUCCCGAAGAGGAGACGUUCUUUGUUAAUUUCCUACGAGAGGCUGUGGAUCCUACUGGAGAUGAAGACGAAGACUUUAGCACCGAUGCACCUAAAAUUUAUGAGGAACUACCAUCUUGGGAGUUCGUGUUAUUCAAACUGGGACAAUUCCAAGAGCAAUUUAACGAUCAAAUUCGAGGCGCUCAUUUGGAUUUGGUGUUUUUCCAUGACGCUAUGGUCCAUUUAUUCAUUAUAUCCAGAAUUAUUAAUACUCCUAGAGGAAACGCUCUGCUCGUAGGCGUGGGUGGUUCUGGUAAACAGAGUUUAACGAAAUUGGCGUCGUAUAUAGCGAAUUUUUCUUUCUAUCAAAUUACUUUAACAAGGUCAUACAACGUAAACAACUUCUGUGACGAUAUCAAAGUCCUGUAUCGCAUUGCUGGUCUUCAAGGCCAGGGCAUUACCUUCAUCUUCACUGAUAACGAUAUUAAGGAUGAGCAAUUUCUUGAGUUCUUAAACAAUAUUUUGAGUUCGGGGGAAAUCGCCAAUUUAUUCCCAAAGGAUGAAAUGGAUGAAAUCUUAAACGAAUUGACGCCUAUAAUGAAGAAGUACGCUCCGAAGAGAAUCCCUGUACCAGACGUUCUCUAUGAAUACUUCAUAAUGCGUUCUCGAUCUAAUUUACACGUUGUGCUGUGCUUUUCGCCGGUAGGUGAAAAGUUCCGCAGUAGAGCGCUGAAGUUUCCCGGUCUGAUUUCUGGAUCGACGAUGGACUGGUUCCAAAAAUGGCCAAGGAGUGCGUUGAUAGAAGUGGCACAUCACUUCCUAUCGGAAUUUAAGGUGGUUUGCACAACGGACACAAAGCAGCAACUUAUAGAAAUUAUGGGAAUGGUCCAGGACAAUGUAGCGGAUACCUGCAGUAUGUACUAUGACAGGUUUAGACGGCAAACGCACGUCACUCCUAAAUCGUAUCUGUCUUUCCUGGAGGGAUACAAAGUGCUGUACAAGGAAAAACAUGAGAAUAUUGCUGAAAUGGCGCGAAGAAUGACUACUGGCCUAGAUAAAUUGGUAGAAGCUGCAGCUAGUGUUGAUGAGCUUAAAAAGGAGUUGGAAGUUAAGGAUCAAGAGAUCAAAGAAGCUACCGCUGCAGCAGAAGAGGUUUUAGCAGCAGUAGCGGAGUCUCAAGCUGCAGCUGAAGUGGUGAAGGCCGAGGUACUAGCUGUCAAAGAUAGAGCCGUGAAACUUGUGAGUGUAAUCGCUGCCGAGACGGCUAUAGCUGAGGAGAAGCUGGCAGCUGCAAAACCUGCGCUUGAUGCUGCUGAAGCUGCUUUACUAACCAUCAACGCGGCUGAUAUAGCAACAGUGAGGAAACUGGGAAAACCUCCAUACCUUAUUACUCUCAUUAUGGAUGCUGUAAUCAUAUUAUUUAGAAAAAAGAUUGACCCUAUAAGACCGGACCCAGAAAAGGAAUUUUUAAUGUCGUCUUGGGCGGAAUCCUUGAAGGUUAUGGCCGAUUCAAGGUUCUUAAACAACUUGAAAUUCUAUCCCAAGGACGAAAUCAACGCUGAAAUGGUUGAUUUGUUGCAGCCGUACUUUAAUUUCCCUCAGUACACGUUCGAAGCUGCUAAAAUAGCUUGCGGUAACGUUGCCGGUUUGAUCUCCUGGACCAUCGCUAUGGCACAAUUCUAUUCCGUCAAUAAGGACGUACUGCCGUUGAAAGCCAAUCUGGCUAUAAUGCAGGGCAAGUACCAGGCAGCCAAGAAAGAGUUGGAGACUGCUGAAGCUCAGCUUGAAGCUAAAGAACGGGAGUUGAGAGAUGUACAAAGGAAAUUUGAUGAAGCGAUGUCCUUGAAGCAAGCGGUACUGGACGAUGCCGCAAAGUGCCAGCAAAAAAUGGACGCGGCUACAGCCCUUAUUAACGGCCUGAGUGGAGAGAGAGUGAGAUGGACUGAACAGUCGGCUCUAUUCAAAUCGGAGAUUGAAAGAUUGGUUGGCGAUAUAUUGCUAUUAACUGGGUUCCUCUCGUAUUCUGGGCCUUUCAAUCAAGAAUUCCGGUCACUUUUGAACAGCAAUUGGUUGGCCGAGUUACUUAGAAGAAAGAUACCUGUUUCGAUGAAUCUCAAUAUUACAGACCAACUAACGGAUACUGCUACGAUCGGCGACUGGAACCUGUGCGGUCUGCCCACAGAUGAGCUUUCCAUUCAAAAUGGUAUCAUAGUGACGAAGGCCUCUCGUUUCCCGCUGCUGAUAGACCCCCAAACUCAGGGGAAGAUUUGGAUAAAGAACAUGGAGAAGUUCAAUGAUCUUAUUGUUACAACUUUGAAUCACAAAUACUUUAGGAACCAUAUAGAGGAUUGUGUAUCUCUAGCCAGGCCUUUACUUAUAGAAGAUGUAGCGGAGGAAUUAGAUCCGGCUCUAGACAAUAUUUUGGAGAGGAAUUAUAUCAAAAUUGGAUCUUCGUACAAGGUAAAACUGGGAGACAAGGAAAUAGAUGUCAUGGCUGGACACAAGAUCUACAUAACGACAAAAUUGCCAAACCCAGCGUACACGCCUGAAAUAUCAGCUCGAACCUCCAUUAUUGACUUUACCGUCACUAUGCAAGGUUUGGAAGACCAGCUGUUGGGUCGUGUCAUUUUAACGGAAAAAGCUGAGAUGGAAGCCGAGCGAACCCAGCUAAUCAUGGAUGUAACUGCCAACAGGCGAAAGAUGCAAGAGUUGGAAGCGAAUUUACUUCAUAAGCUGACUACGAUACAAGGGUCCUUGGUGGAAGAUGUGUCUCUUAUUCAAGUGCUUAAUAUCACCAAGGCUACUGCAACUGAGGUUAGAGAAAAAUUAGAUGUCGCGAAGGAAACGGAAAUAAAGAUUAACGCAGCGCGAGAGGAGUUCAGACCUGUGGCAACACGAGGAUCGGUCUUGUAUUUCCUCAUCUGCAACAUGUCGCUCGUGUGCAAUAUGUACCAGACUUCCUUGGCGCAGUUCUUGGAGCGGUUCGACAUAUCCAUGGAGAGAUCGACGCCCAGUCCUAUCACGUUCAAAAGAAUCGCCUUCAUUAUUGAGUAUUUGACGUUCGAUGUUUGGAAAUACAUAAGUCGUGGCUUUUACGAAAAGCACAAGUAUCUCUUCACUUUACUUUUAACCCUGAAAAUUGAUCUACAAAAGGAAUACAUAACUUAUGACGAAUUCCAGACAUUCAUAAAAGGUGGCGCUGCAUUAGAUCUAAACGCCUGCCCGCCAAAACCAUUCAAAUGGGUGACUGAUAUGUCUUGGCUUAAUUUAGUGCAGUUGUCCGGCUUGAGGCAAUACACCAAUAUUUUGAAUCAAGUCUCUAAUAAUGAAAAGGGCUGGAAGAACUGGUUCGACAAAGAAGCCCCCGAAGACGAGCCCCUUCCAGACGGCUACCACACGUUAGACGUGUUUAGGAAACUGCUAGUUGUUCGGGCUUGGUGUCCAGACAGAACUUUGGCACAGAGUCUGAAAUAUGUGAUGUUCUCUAUGGGCGCAAAGUUUUCGGAAGCUGUGAUCGUUAAUUAUGAGAACAUGGUGUUAGAGUCGCGACCGUUAGUUCCACUUAUUGGUUUCUUGGCUAUGGGGUCAGAUCCUACACCCUCCAUAGAGACUACAGCAAAGAGAAUGGAGAUUUUGUGCUCUUCCAUCUCUAUGGGACAAGGGCAGGAGGUUCAUGCCAGGAAGCUUAUUGAUAGAGGUUUAAAAGAGGGCCUUUGGGUAUUACUUCAAAACUGCCAUUUGGGUUUGGAGUAUAUGGUUGAGAUUAUGGAACAAUUCGCUGAACUAGAAAAGGAACCAGAGAAGGUCCAUGAAAUGUUUAGGUUGUGGGUAACGACGGAACCUCACGACCGAUUCCCAAUUACCUUCCUUCAAAUGGCUAUCAAGUAUACUUGCGAGCCGCCAUCAGGUAUCAAAGCUGGUCUAAUGAGAACGUACGAUUCUAUGAGUCAAGAUUUUCUAGACUACAGCGACAGCCCGUUCUACCUACCUUUGAUAUACACGAUAUCUUUCCUCCACACCGUAGUACAGGAGAGGCGAAAGUUUGGUCCUCUAGGUUGGAACAUCCCCUAUGAAUUUAAUUCCGCGGAUUGGCUCGCGUCCUGCAUGUUUGUCCAAAAUCAUCUGGAUAUUUUGGAACCUGGACAGACAGUUAGCUGGACCACUGUGCGGUAUAUGAUAUCAGCUGUGCAAUAUGGCGGCCGUGUGACAGACGACUACGAUAAUCGCUUGUUGAGCACGUUCACGCGCGUCUGGUUCUCGGACCAGUUGUUUGAUGAAGAGUUCCAGUUCUACAAGAGUUAUGGCAUCAUGAAGUUUAAGAACAUUCCCGAAUAUAUAGAGGAGAUCGAUAAGAUGAAAACGGUGGAUCCACCACAGGCAUAUGGCUUGCACACUAAUGCUGAUAUUACAUACCAACGUAGCGUAACGCAAGAACUUCUCGAUACAAUACUCUCGAUCCAGCCCAAAGAGUCUAGUUCAGGAGGUGGUGAAACCCGCGAGGCGUCUGUGUAUAGGCAGAGCAAAGAAAUGUUGGAGAAGGUGCCACCUAAUUUUGAUCCCCAUGAGGUGCUGGAAAGAUUAAGGCACUACGGUAUUCUCAAUUCCAUGGUCAUAUUUUUGCGUCAAGAAAUUGAUCGAAUGCAGAAAGUAAUAUCUUUAGUGAGGACAACGCUGAAAGAUCUGUUACUUGCUAUUGAUGGAACUAUUAUUAUGAAUGAAGCCCUCCGUGACUCCUUGGACAAUAUUUACGAUGCCAAAGUGCCCAAUAUCUGGUUAAAGAGCUCCUGGUCUUCCUCCACGUUAGGUUUUUGGUUCACCGAGUUUUUGGAGCGGAACAUUCAGUUCUCAACUUGGUGCUUCCAAGGCAGACCGUUCUCAUUCUGGAUGACCGGAUUUUUCAAUCCACAAGGUUUUCUGACGGCCAUGCGACAGGAGGUGACUCGAGCACAUAAAGGGUGGGCGUUGGACAUGGUGGCCCUGCAUAAUGAUGUGACUAAAUUCAUUUAUGAAGAAAUUAAGGCUCCACCGCCGGAGGGUGUCUUCGUACACGGCUUGUUCCUAGACGGUGCUGGAUGGGACCGACGGAAUAUGCGUCUCUGCGAGUCCACACUGAAAGUGCUGUACACUGCGCUCCCGGUCGUGCACGUGUACGCUAUCAACUCGACUGCUCCCAAAGAUCCAAAACUAUACCAGUGUCCUGUAUACAAGAAACCUCGCCGAACCGGGUUGACCUUCAUCACACCACUAUGGCUGACCACGAUAAAAAAUCCUGAUCAUUGGAUUCUUCGCGGCGUAGCAAUACUCUGUGAUAUUAAAUAG